UCUUAACUGUCACGCAGAAUGCGAGGUGUUUGAAAUUGUAAAUUUAUGAGCAAAAAACUUUAGUUUGAUGAUAAGACCGUUUACUCUAGAAAUAUAUUUUUAAAUCCGUGAUUGUCGAUUAAGUAAGGCAGUAUUCGAAGGAAAAUACCGAAUUUUGCAAAAAAUUCGGAAUGUCUCAGUCAAAAAAUACCAGGAGUAAACGUAAACCUUUGCCAAAUGAAAUUUCUGUUUCCUUGAAAACGCCAAAAUCCAGGCAAUUCUUAUUUUCUAAUGGAUCAGUUUCAAAUUUGGAUGACGAAGCUGGAACUACUCCUUUGAAGAGGUCUAAGAGAAAGAAGUUGAGAAAAACUCAGAAUUAUUUCUCUGUCGAUGAUGAAGGCAACCAAGAAUCAUCAUCUAGUGUUUCAUCAAUUUCCAAAACGAGAAAGAAAGUUUCUUCUAGAAGUUCAGCUAAUUCCGAAGUUGAUGGAAAUAUCUCAUCGGAGGUCUUUCUUGAAUCAGAAGAGAAACCUAAAUCUAAAAGAUCUAGAAAGAAGAAAAUCAAGUUACCUGUUGUGAAUCUAGAUGAUUUUGGAAGCUUGGAUAACACACUCCAGUACAGUGAAGAAAAUAUAUCCAGUGAAAAGAAAAAUGCUUCAAUUGAUUCCAUCAGUUCAUCAACAUCAAAUGUAAACAAUGAGAAUGAGAAUAGUUCUAAAAAAAAAUCUAAGAAGAAAAAGAGUACGAAAAGAGAAAAAAAACAAGAAGAUAUUGUAAUGCCUAAAACACGAUCUUCAAGAAAGGCUGCAAAAGAUAAAGAUCUGAAAAAUAUUAGUGAAAUAGAUGAGAAUAAAGAAAAUAUAGUAAUUGAAAAUUGUGCAUCUCCUAAAAAAUCAAGUGCCUCUAAAAAAAGAAGGCGGAAUUGCAAGCCUGAACUUGUUAAUGAGGCAGAUGAAGUUGAAGAAAAUAUUGAAAUGUUAAGUAAUGAACAUUCAAGGUCUUCCAAAAAAAGGCGCAUUCGCAGUGAAAUUACUAAUGAAACAGAAGGAUUCAAAACGACUGAUAAUCAGACUGGUGCUAAGAGUAGAAGUAGUUCUAGGAAGAAAAGACGUAUUAAGUCAGAAAUAAUCAAUGAAACAGAUGAUACACAGUUAAAUGAUGAAAAGACAGGACCUGAACAUUCUGAGAUUCAUAAGAGAAGCAAACGAACUACAACUCUUCAAAUUGCUGAUGAAACUAAGGAACUGAAAGAAAACAUAGAGGCUAUAGUUGAAAAUACACCAAGCAGAAGAAGUAAGCAAAUUUUCCAUUCUGAAGCUGUUGAUGAAACAGGAGAACUGGGAGAAGAUAUUGAAAAGUUGGGUAAUGAACUUCCAGAGGCUACUAGAAAAAGUUCAAGAAUUCUCAAACCAGAAUUUGAAAGUAAAACAGUAGAAUGGGAAGAAAAUAUUGAGAAAUUCAACGUGAAGCAGUCAAGGACUUCCAGAAAAACUAGUCAAAUUCUCAAAACUGACUCACCAAAAAAAAGUAUUGAAGGUUUAAGUAACGAUAAUUCCAAAACUCCCAGCAAAAGCGAACAUUUCCUCAACUCUGAAAUAACUGAUAAUUCUGAAAAACAGAAAGCAAAUACAACAGUUGAUAUUUCAAGAAUGUCAAGAAAAAGUUGUCAACUUCUCAACCCUGAAUUUGAUGAUAAAUCCAUUGAUCUGAAGAACAAUGCAGACAAUGUAAGGAAUUCAAAAUCCAGAAGAAGUUGGAAACUCCUCAGCAAUGAAACUAACCUACAACUUGAAGAAAAUACAGAUAAAAUUAAUAUUGAAAUUCCCACAACUUCAAGAAAGAGUUGGCAAAUCCUAAACUCUGAAAAAAUCACUGAUGAGGUACGACAGGAAGAUAAUUUUGACAGUACUGAUAAUUUGGGCACAUCCAGUAGUACCGAUGAAAUUUUGAGUCCUAAAACUACUGAUGACAGUGAAGAUGUAGAAAAAAAUAUGGAUAAAUCACAUUUUAAAAAUUCAAGUACGCUAAGGAGAAGUUGGCAAAUCCUCAGCACUGAAAUUACUGGCAAAACUAAAGAAGUAGAAAAUAUUGAGAGGUCAAUUGUUCAAAAUUUAAGAACUUCCAGAAAGAUCGAGCACAUGCCUUCACCUAAAACUAAUAAUGAAACUGAACAUGCAGGGAUAAAUACCACAAGGCCACAUUUUGAAAAUUCAAGUACUUCCAGGAAAAGUGAGCAAAUACUCAACCUUGGUGCUACUAUUAAAACUGUUCGAGAAGAUGAAAGUAUUGACAGACCAAGGACUCGAAAUUCAAGAAAUGUUAAACAAAUACUUACACCCAACAUUAAUGAUAAAACUGAAGAGAUGAAGGAAAAUAACAAGAAGGUACAUGUUGAAAAUUCAAGAAUAUCAAGAAGAAGUUGGCAAGUUAGGAACUCCGAAAUUAAGGAUGAAGCUAGAGAACUUGAAGAAGAUAUUGAUAGUCUUGAAAUGGAUGAAGUUGUCAAGUCCAUCAAUGAAUCUUCUCUUUCUGUUGGUAGGCUGAAACAUGAAAAAGAUGAAAUUCAGUUACAUAAUAAUUCCAUUAUGAGCAAUUUGAAGUCACCAUUCAGGAAUAGGAAAUCCCCUGUUGAGCAAAAAAGCCGAAAAAGGUGGACCAUUUUAAAUGGCGAUGACUCUGCCAUUUCCGGUCAUAUAAAGGCUAAUAAUGAAGAGGAGGCUACAAUUGAAGGCAAACUUGAGAUAAAUAACACCAGUUCAAAACGUCGUUCUGUGAGAAAACGAUGGUCCACCGAAUUGAAGAAAAAAUCUUUUAAUCCAAAUGAUUUUCAGAUAAAAGAGAUAAUUGAACCGUCCACUAAUGAAAUUUCAAACAAAGGAUCAUUUAUAAUAGACCAUGAAGAUCUUGAUUCCAGCAUGAGGCCUCUGGAUACAUCAAAGAAAUCUGCUAUUUCUAUUCAGAAAGAAAAUUCGUUUAAUCUGGAUUCUACUUUUGUAAAAAGUUCAUCUGCCGAUAACUCGCUAGAGGAAAAAAAUUCAGUUUCUGAGCCAGAAAACUGCAAUAUUAUUACACCAGAUCGUUCAUUGAGAAGAUACUCUAAGAGGUAUUCAAAAUCUUUGGACUUCAUAGAGGGAAUCUUACCAUUGGAACAAACAAGUACCUUAGAAAAUAGUGAGACAACUAUCAAUGAAAAACAAACUAGGAAUUCAAGAUAUGGAAAGCCUUCAACCCCUGGAUCUAUCUUAAAAAGAAGGGGUACCUAUGACUUGGAUGUUAGUGUUACAGAUGUAUCUAUCCUUAAAUCAGUGUCUGAAGGCAAUUUAUCUAACACUGGAUUACCCAGUGAAGAUAACUCUGAGGAAACCAACAAAAACGUUAGAUUUCAGCACGUCACUAAGAGGAAACCAUGUUUGCGGAGAAAUGAUUACUUAAAUUCACCAGAGAAUAAACCAGAUGCGAGUGCAAGAAAGGUGCCCCCUAAAAUAGGAGCAGCAAAUAAAUCAGUAAGUUUUGAUCAAACAAUAUUUUCCGCAUCUUCAUGUUCCACAAGUACGCCUCUCCAUCCAUCGAAGAAAAAUAACCUCUUGAAGCAAAUCCUAACAAAAAAUAGUUCAAAAGACUUGUCUAACAAAAGAAGAAGCAGGAGUGUAGAGGAAAAAAGGGAAAAAUGUGUCAACCGGAUAAAGAUGCCCAAUUUCACAAAAAUACAUCAAAGAUGGAAUGACAAAUUGGAAGACAUUUCACAGAUGGCAGCCCGAAAGGCUGAAAGGGCGAGAUUAUUGUUAUCUGGCCAAAAACCAUCUGUGAGUUCUACUUCUUCAAGUAAUGAAUCGGAAAGGAAAAAAGAUGAUAAAACUAAGCACCCUAAACAUUUGAAUUUUACAAAAAGUCAGCAAAUUCCAAAUAUUGGAAAUAACAGAACUCCAAAUAUUUCCAAGACUAAGAAACAAAGUUCGCCAAAGAAAUUCAAAGUAGAAGAUAAAUCUAAGAAACAAGUUAUUGUAGCUAACAUUCCCAGUGGGAAAUCGGACACAGCUACUUCUAAAAAUUUACUAAUGAAAUCUGGUAUUCCGAAAAAAUUACAAAGUACAAAACCCACACAAAAUGUCCUCAAAAGAACAGAAGAAAUUAAAUGCCUUGCUACUAAAAGUAAACCACAACAUGAUACUAAAGAGGAAAGAAGAACGAUUCUUAAAGGUGUGAGAGGAAAUAGACGGUUUGAAUUAUUAAUGAAGAUGCGAAAUAAGUGAUUUUGAAAAUAUAUGUUUGUUUUUGUUUUUUUGCAAUGUUAACGUAUAAUUUUUAGUAUCUUAACAAUUUUUAACUCAAUUUUUAUUGAGCUUUUAUAAUUCAGUAUUUAAUUGAAAAUAAAGAUGAUGAUGAAAUUUUAUCAAGUUAAAA